UCGCCCCUUCAAUGUUCUACAUUCGCCUAGUAUAAGUAUCAGCUCAUCUUUACAGUUAUUUUAGUGUGGUAACUGGCUUCAGUGGCAUAUGUGAUAGUCAUUUAAUUAAUUGACCACACCCCCAAUUGAUAUGAAUAAUUAAUGAGCCCGGGUAAAUGCAAAAUUCUGCAGCCGUCUAUGAUCCUGCGUCAUGCCUCAAGUGAACAAAAGAAAAAGCAAAUGGUCAAGAGAGUUAAGAAGAAAUUUGGACCCAAACCUAAUCCGGGUGUUAAUUUUGAAGAUGUUAAAUUCUUUGAUCGUUUGAUGGGUUGUCUCUCUGACAUAGACACAGCACUGGGUAUGUAUUAUGCAGCUGGAACCUCUAUAACACCUGCUGAGCUCAAUGAAGCUUGCAAGGCUGUGACUGGCUCUUCUGUCAGCAAUCAUCUUGUUGAUGUCCUUUUCACAAUUUUUGAUGAAAAUAAUGAUGGUGAGUUAAGUAGAAAGGAGUUUGUACACGUUUUAAAAUCAAGAAACUCACGAGGUUUGCAAAAGUCACGAGAAUUAGGACAAGCCAAACUAAUGAACUCUGUUGUGGCUUGCUCUGCAAAAGCAGUCAAAGACAAACUAGGGAUUGAAGCUUGAGUUGGGGCUAUCAUAGUGGUGUGAUCAAUCAAGUCAGGAUUAUAAACUAUUUUAUAUUAUAACAGAAAUAUCUUUUAGUGAUGGCAGGAUAGAAUAAUAUUAUAUAAUUUAUUUUUUAUGUACACCCAUUCUGUUUGAAUAGCAACAAUACAGAAACAUUUGAUUAUACUUAAUUUUGUAAUAAAUCCAUGGAUCAUUUGACAGAUUACUCUUAAUAAUUCCAAGAGUAUAUCAUAAACAAAA